AUGGUCCGUCUAGGGAUUUUCAUUUUCCUCCUGUUCCUCACUCUUUUAGGAGUAACUUCAUCAUCAAGUGAUCUGCCCAGGGUUUGUGAGUGUGAGCAAGUGCAAUUCACGUCCAACAAUAUUGAAGAUGACACACCUCAGAUUCUACUCCCUUGGACUCCUUCUUGUCAGGAGAUGCAGCUGAUUGUGACAGGAGGCUGUGCAAAAGCAUCGAGUGACUACAAGUGGCUUACCUCAGAUACAAGCAUUGUAUCUGUGUCGCCUUAUGGCAUUAUAAAGGCAAAGAGGCCUGGCAUAGCCACUGUGAAGGUGGUGUCAACUAUUGAGCCGCAAAAUUUUGAUGAGAUUUUUGUCAAAGUUCUCGUUCCACCCCUUAUGGUUAUGUGGCAAAAUGUUCCAGUGGAGACCGUUUUCGCAUCACGUCUACGAAUAGGCGUCACAAUGAAAUAUUCAAAAGGUGCUCAAAAUUUCUAUACAACGCUACAUAGAAAUAGCACACAUAAUGAUUCUGUCAAGGAAACGCUCUCAUCGAGAAGAUGUAGUACUUAUCCAUUGAAAUUCAGGAAAAACAAGUUUGUAGCUCUUGACAAUGGAAAGAAAGCUACAUUUGAAUGCCACGUGAAACCUCCUUUUAUAGGAACUUCAAAGCCAUGGAUAGAGCUUCAAACGGGCAAUAUCUAUUGCAUAUUCUUCUCAAACUUAAACAACAUGAAACCCCUCAAAGGAGCUUCAUCCGCGCUUCUUCUGGGACGCCUUUCUGUGUCGGGAACUAGAAAGACGAUGAACAUAACUUCAGAGUUCAACAAUGUCAUCAUUACUAUACUCGAGAACUCUGAUGUUCAAAUUCAUCGGCGCAAAAAAGAGUCCUUAUCAAUGAGCUCGCGGGUAGAUGUUGGCCCAAAAACUGAGGUUGAAAUGAUUGUCACGCUCUCAGCCGCUGGUCAGAAGAUCAUUAUCCGCUACGAGGUUGACAAAUCGCAGAUACCAGUGAAGCCGUACUUUGUCUAUUUGCUCAUGGUCCCUUUCCUCGACUUCAUCGUGAUAAUUAUUAUAUUGAAAGUAUUGCCGCGGCAACGUAGGUAA